AGCAGAUUUUAGGAGAAUAUUCAAGUGAUGUCUAUGAUUUGCCUCAAAACUCUUUUUUUUUUUUUUGGGCCUUUUUCUUUUUCGAUUUGCCGUGUCGCAACCAUGGCCACCGUGAGGGUUCUCCUACGCCGAGGCUCUGCCGCCGGACGCGGUUUUCUCCCCACCUAUGCGCCACCGCCCACCGCUGCGUACCCCACGGCAACGCGUCUCCUCCAGGCGCAGGCCCACUCCUCCCAGUCUGAUUCCGCGGCGGCCAAGCCCGGGCGCACCAAGACCUUCGCCAUCUACCGAUGGAAUCCUGAUCAUCCCGAGAAACCUCAGCUCCAGCAAUACGAGAUCGACCUCGGCGGGUGCGGCCCCAUGGUCCUUGAUGCCCUGAUCAAGAUAAAAAAUGAGAUCGACCCUUCCCUCACCUUCCGUCGCUCCUGCCGCGAGGGCAUCUGCGGGUCCUGCGCAAUGAACAUCGACGGGGACAAUGGGCUUGCCUGCCUCACCAAGAUCUCGUCCUCUGCCGGUGCCAGCACGAUCACGCCGCUGCCGCACAUGUACGUUAUCAAGGAUCUUGUGGUGGACAUGACGAACUUCUACAGCCAGUACAAGAGCGUGGAGCCAUGGCUUAAGAGGAAAGACCAGCCUUCUACCCCAGGGAAGGAGAUCCUGCAGAGCAAAAAGGAUCGCGCCAAGCUGGAUGGUAUGUACGAGUGUAUCCUUUGCGCCUGCUGCAGCACCUCCUGCCCUAGCUAUUGGUGGAAUCCUGAGACCUAUCUCGGACCGGCUGCUCUCCUCCAUGCCAACAGGUGGAUACAGGACAGCCGAGAUCAGUACACGAAGGAGCGACUGGAUGCUGUAAAUGAUGAGAAAUGCUCAUAUUCCACACACUCAUGGUAA